AUGUUCAUCGCUGCGGUGACCACGGGAGCCCGCAACGGUUUUGGGGUCUUCGUUCUCCCGAUGAGCGAGGAGUUUGAGUGGAACCGGACCACUAUCUCCGUAGCCGCCGGAAUAGGCUGGCUGAUGAACGGAGUCACUCAGCCGUUUAUAGGACAUCUGUUCGACAAAUUCAACUCCCGCAAAGUCGUCCUGAUCAGCCUGUUGAUUGCGGGGCUUGCAACCGCAGGAUUGAGCCUGACCUUCCACUACCUCUUCCUGGUAUUCCUGUUCAGUUUCGUGCUGUCUACAGCGAUGAGCGGCGCCUCCAUCGGCACCCUUGGGCCGCUGCUGGCCCGCUGGUUCGUAAAGCGUCGGACCUUCGUCCUGGGGCUGGUGGCUUCCGGCACGUCCAUUGGCGGCCUGAUAUUGAUUCCCUUCAGCGCUUAUCUGGUAGAACUGUUCAGCUGGAGGGCUUCGUGGAUUGCCUUGGGUGCCAUCGUAAUUUUUUUGGCCCUGCCUUUGGGGUUCUUGUUCAUUCGUAACAGCCCGGCCCAGAUGGGUCUGUUGCCCGACGGAGACCCGGAGCCGCCGACGGACGGAACUGCAGCCCCUCCGGCUCGGCGGCGGGGUAUGUUCGAGGUGGACCAGUGGCGGCAGUCUUUCCGCUCACCGCCCAUCUGGAACCUCUCCGCGGCCUACACUGUUUGCGGCGUGACGGUAGGCAUCAUAUCCAUCCACUUUGUGCCGUACGCCCAGGAACAGGUGGGAGUUUCUCUCAGGAUGGCUGGGUUGAUCUUUGGCAUCCUUACGGGACUGAACGUGAUGGGUGCCAUAGGCGGUGGGUGGCUCGCCGAUCGCUUUGGACGCAAGAACGUGCUGGGGACGGUCUACGCCGUGCGAGGUAUUGCCUACCUGGUAUUGAUUGGCGGCUUGUUAUCAAUAGACGCGAUUUUUCCGGGGGGAGGCGAGGUUGGCUACGGCGGCGUCAGCGCGGCGGCAGACCCUUCGGGGCCCUUCCGUGUGGACAAAUUCACCAUUCCCUUUAUAGGGUCGCCGGGAGUGGCGAGCCUCUGGUUCUUCGCCAUUCUCGCGGGCUUUUCCUGGAUUGCCAGCGUUCCAAUUACAACGUCGCUGACCGCUGAGGUAUAUGGGUUGCGGGCGCUCGCUACUAUUUCGGGAAUUUCAUUCCUCUGCCACCAGGUCGGCGCCUUCGUCAGCAUCAUAUUGGCGGGACUGCUUUAUGACUGGACGGGCUCCUAUCUCCUUCCCUUCGCCCUUGCCGGAUCACUGCUGGUACCCGCUUCCAUCGCAGCGUACACCAUCAACGAGAAGAAAUACUCAGUGCGAUACCAGACUGUUCAAGCGGGAGUGGCGGCGGACUGA